AUGGAGACAUACUACGGUUACGUCAAAGCACCCCAAGACGCCAUCAUACUAUUCGAAGCCUGUCGUUUAGGCGGCUUAAAUCGCAUACAACGUCGUCUCUCCGAGAAAGAACGCUCGCAAAUUCGCUCGGGUUCAGUCUUCGUCUGGGACGAACGUGAAGCUGGUAUGCGCCGUUGGACUGACGGAAAGUCAUGGUCAGCUUCCCGCGUUAGUGGCUCGUUUCUCACAUACAGAGAACUAGAAUCAAAACGAAAAUCAGGAUCACGCGGGAGCAACAACCUUAACGAUCUUUCUAGUGAAGAUACAGACUCAAGUGAGAGCUACCAGGGGAAGAAAAUUUCAAGUACGACGGAACAAUGCAGUAGAUACAAGCACGGCGGAUUAGUUAAACAAAGCUUUUCUAUUACAGCCAGUAAUCACCAGAAAUUGCAUCUUAUCUGCUAUUAUACUAAGGCAGACGUAAUAAAUAAUAAACUACAGAUACCAAGUCAAGACGAAAAACUAAAAUCAAUCACAAUCCCCAAGGGAAUGUACCCAGAAACGUCCAGUGUCGACAACGCCGGUCAUAUGCACUACGCCGCUAAAUUUAUCCAACCGGGGGGUAGCGAUACUUCAAGUUACGUUGGGUCGGCACCGAUCAAUAUUCCUAACGGGAGGUUCACUUUCCCUCAACCUCAGCAAUUGUCUUUCCCAAGUAGUUAUCCUCCACCUACUCAGCUGCCACCACAAGACAUUCGAUGGGAUAAUACUCGAAACAGUGAAGAUCAGCGGCAGUUGAAUGCAAUCUACACUACUUUAAGAUUGUAA